AUGUUAUAUCCAAAAUUUUUCAAGCUACCAGCUCUAAACUUCUAUUUUUGUUUCAGAGGUCCCAAUGUUUCUGUGCUUCACCUUCGAAGCACAUCGGAACCGUGGGAGACGAACACGAAUCCUACCUAUUCAUCUACUACUUCGUACUCCACCAAAAACUACUUUACGAGAGGGACUGCCUCUAGUUUGCCACCUCUGACGAAACAUCAAUCGUUGAGUGGUCCAAGCGCGGCUUAUAAAUGGCAUAAUUCACCGAGUUUUCACAAUACAGCCGAAGUGAAUACUCCUGAGAUGUUCGUUGGAAAUGUCAAACGGGAAUUAUCACCGGUACGUUGGCAUGACAGAGAAGUGGAUGGAGUAUACCUAAACAAAUCGGGUUGGGUACAAGUGGAACAACGAUCGUUAGAUGAAAGUAAACGAUUCAGUUCUGUUGAUAUAUCAAAGUUACCGCCUAAAAAAGCACACGGAAAACUCUCCGAUUACCAUUUCAAUAGCGAACCUGCUAAUGAGCGACCCUCGAUGCUUAGCUUCCAAUCAACCGACUAUAAUCGAAAAAGUGCCUCGCCUUCUCCACCUCCCGAAUCACCUUCUGUGACUCCUAUCAUAUCACCACCGCCAGCUUUUCAAGACAAAGUUGAGAAAGGUUUAAUUAGAAGAAGUAGAACGUUUUUUGGAAAAACUCCCUUUUUACCUCGGUCAAAUGCAAUCGAAGAUAGCGACGCUAGUCCUCCUACCACGCCGCAGUGGAAAUCUACUGGAAAAAGUCCUCCUUCACCACUAUGGAAUCCGAGCGGUAAACCUAUACCUUCACCUCAGUGGAAAACGAAAUCCACGCCGGGUUCUUUAUGGAAUUCGCGAGAAAAAUCUCCAUCAUCGCCGAAAUGGAAAUCUGUUGACAAUGGUCCUCCAUCUCCAUUGUGGAAUGCCAAGAAAUCUCCGCCUUCUCCGCUUUGGCAACGACCUAGAGAAAAGUCGCCUCCUCCUUCUCCUUUGUGGAAUCAAAACAGGAAAUCUCCUCCUUCGCCUUUGUGGAAUAUCAGCGAGAAUUCUCCGCCAAUAGCUCAGUGGAAAGUUAGUCCCUCAACCUCAGUCGCGGCCGAAGACAGCUCCUGAAAAAACUUCAAAGACUUUUAAUAGGAUGCCGCAGACGAAAUCAUUGGAAGAUACGACCACAGUCAGAAGGAACCAAUUUUUGCAGAAUUACAG